CUUUCUCUAAGGCGCGAAGGCAAUGCCAAACCUUGCCCCCUAAUUUAGUAUUACAGUGAAAACAAACAAAACCAAAAGGUGUUUUUUUUCUCACACAGAUUUUGUUUACAAUUAUACUAUUCAUGAAUGGAAACAGAUAGUGCUUGAUUGUUUUCUUAUGAUGUUUUGAAACCUAACAAUCAUUGAUCAACAAAAUCGAAAAAACAAAAAAAAAAGAGAACGAAAGCUUGCUUACUUUGUCACUGGGAAUUAGAAAAAGAAAAGCUUUGUAGCUAUGUUUUCAGAGGGAAAUUAAAAUCUGGGUUUUCAUUUUUUUCCCUGUAAAAUUCAAUAUCUGAAAGUUAUACUCUGUCAAAUGUGAGAGACAUCUCUUGUUAUCUUAUCUGUUGCUUAAGUUGGGAGCAUAUUUUUUUUGAAAAGAAAAUUUUUGUUUGAAAUUUGAAGAUUCGAUUCGUUUGGAGUUUCAGGUGAAGGAACAAAAAUAAAAACGCAGUGACGAAUUUAUUCUUUGCGUCUUUCUUUAUAAGAUUUGCUCGCCAAAUUUUAAGUCCUCUGGAGGGUUUUCUUGUCAUUUUCGUCCAAAAAAGUUGGACACUAAAGAGAGUCCCCCAGUUUUUGAAUUAGAAAAAUUGAAGCUUUUUUCUUUGGUAUUAGUGCAGGGUAAGUAAAUUUAAGUUCCUUUGAGUUCCGUCCUGUUCUUGUAAGAUGCUGAAGAAACGUGGAGCAUUAUUAUGGGGUUUUGUAUACUGGGUUAUGGUGGUGGCUCUGAAGCUUUAAGAUAAGCAACAAGAACCGUCCUUGUAUGUGCAUUUGUGUCAUAUUCUCUGCUUUUUUUUUUUUUGCUUCCAUGGCGAAAAUGAGCGGUUGCAUAGUCACUGUGGCUUUACUCUUGCUGCUACUUCUUUGCUUGCACCAAACACCUGUAGAGUGCAAAGAAAGACUCAUUAGACAACUGUCUUCUCAGCCUUCUUCAGCUACUAAGCCUCAAGAAUUCAAGAUUGGGUUCAAAAGGGUAAUUCUCAGCAUUGUGCUGGGAAUUUUAACUGGAUUGAUUGGAGCUAUUCUUUUUGCUUUAUUGAUCAAAAUUGCUGUUCAGUACAUCAAUCAAACCCCAUUCCUUAAAGGUCCUGUUAUAUUUUCUCCCAAAAUAUCUUCCAAGACUCUCCAAUCAGCCCUUGCAAAUGAAAACCAGUUGCUAGGUUCAAGCUCCAACGGGAAGUACUAUAAGACGGUUCUUGAUAACGGGCUCACUGUUGCAGUCAAAGUGCUUGAACCCUUUGACAGUGGUUCCCCGGAGAUGCAGAGCAAGUCGGUGAAGAGGAGGAUACAACAAGAACUGGAGGUUCUUGCUAGUUUGAGGCACAGGCAUUUGAGGAGUUUAAGAGCUUAUGUUCGUGAAUCUGAUAGGUUUUCUUUGGUUUAUGAUUAUAUGCCCAUGGGGAGCCUUGAGGAUGCAAUGAAUGGAGUUAGGGAAAAUCACCUGGAACUUAGAUGGGAUGUUAGGCUUAGGAUUGCUGUUGGGGUGAUUAAGGGUCUUCAAUAUCUUCACUUCACUUGCGUCCCUCAGAUUUUGCACUACAACUUGAAGCCCACAAAUGUGAUGUUAGAUGCUGAAUUUGAACCAAGGUUGGCUGAUUGUGGAUUGGCUAAGCUCAUGCCUAAUAUAGAUAGGGCAACUUCUGGCUACUGUGCUCCUGAGUGUUUACAGAACUGCAGGUAUACAGAUAAGAGUGAUAUCUUUAGCUUUGGGAUGAUAUUGGGUGUCUUGUUGACUGGCAGAUAUCCCACUGAUUCAUUUUUCCGGGAAGCAGUGAGUGGAGGGAGUUUAGGACAGUGGCUCCGACAUUUACAGCAGGCAGGGGAAGCACACGAAGCUUUAGAUAAAAGUAUUCUUGGGGAAGAAGUAGAGGAAGAUGAGAUGCUGAUGGCAGUGAGAAUUGCUGUUGUCUGCCUAUCGGAUUCGCCUGAUGAUAGGCCUUCCAGUGAUGAGCUUGUAACCAUGUUAACCCAGCUGCAUAGUUUCUAAUGGAAAUGUUGACACCGAAGUGGACACAAAAUGACUCUCAGGUGGAGAGCGGAUAUUCCAGCACAGUAAAGGUCAAACUUGGGUCCACGCGGCAGUGGCUGUAGUUAUUAAUGGGUUGUUUAAUAACGACAACCGUUGUCACACCAAAAGAAGCAUCAACUUUACUGCACCGCAACAACUGUUCACUGCCCGAGAGUCCCUUUGCGUCCAUCACGGUGCUGGUUUUUGAAUAAGAAGGAAGGUUAAAGGUAUCAACUGUUUGGAAAUAGAGAAAAAAAUUUAUGCCAAUUAUAAAGGGAAGCCCUAGAGUUUUUUCGUAUGAUUAUGCCUUCAGACUUCUGUAUGGUAUUUUUAGGGCAACAUUUUCGGGUAUCCGAAAAGUUUGAGCUUAUUGCCGCGUAAUAACCGUCAUUUGACUCA